AUGGCAUCCAGACUCAUUUUCCGACCAGCUGUCGCCCUGCGAUCAACAACUGCCUCCACGCCAAUGCUCCGAAGGAGCUUCGCCGUGUCAUCAGUUAACCGCAUCAAGGAGUCCUCUGGUGACACCAAGGACUACGAGACCCACAAGCAAGACUCGCUCUCCAAGCAGAAGACGGGCAAGGGCCACUGGAAGCCCGAGCUCGCCUCCGACGGCGAGGAGGCCGUCAAGGCCGACCGUACCCCGGACGAGGAUAUCUCCAAACUGCAGGAGCGCACCAAGAAGCACGCUGAGGAGAAGUCCAAGAGCGGCACCAGCGGGACAGACCCCAUUUGA